AUGUUCAGCCGGGGUUGCGGGGUAAGCGCAAUAAGGUACCGCGACCUCGGCACAGAGCAGGAGAAGGAACAGGGGGAGCAAUCAGUGACACAGGGGUGUGACAAACAGAGGAUCGUGUUAUUACGCGACGGGAACAUGGGGGAGACUUCCCACUUCAGCUGGCUCGGCUUGUUCAAAGUAUCGCUUGACAAUGGAGAUGGGGUCAAGGAAGCGGUAACUGGCAUCGUGCUCAUUAAGCCCAAAUAUGUGCUCGCCAAUGCAGACGACAUUGCCAGGAUACCAGAGAAUAUCUUCUUAGAGGAGAGUAGAGCCAUGUUCUUAUCGAAAAAUGGUGUGCCAGUGUACUACAGGCCGCUCUCCUUCGUCACUCACCCAGAGUACGACUCCGUUGUGUACAGCUCCAUUGCCGUCGUCAAACUCGCUGUACCGAACAUUAAUCCGCUGACUCCAAUAUGCUUCUCGAACACGAUGUACGACACUGGUGGACUUCACCUCUUCGGAUAUACAGACGAUAACGAUAAAUUGGAGAAGAUUGUUUUCAAGAUUCAAGCGGUAGAGAAGCAGCAGUGUGACCAGUUCUAUAAGGACGAGGGUCUGGUAGACCCGCGGCGCGAGCCUCGGUCGUAUAUUUGCGGAGUGCACCAGUUCAGUAGAGAGCCCUGCGUCUGGGAAAACGGCUUGGUGCUGGCCGCUAACACCACAGACCAGUUUACAUUCAUUGGAUUCAGCCUAUACGGGCCGGGAUGUGGGGUGCCAGCUCGUUUUGUCUUCAUGCUGCACUACUUCUCUUGGAUCGAAUCGGUGACUCGCGAGGAGAGCGCCAGGCGAGCUGACGACGACGACGUCGAAGUACAUAUGCAUGGAAUCACAUCGUACGUACCUCUUUGUAAUGCACUAAGAGUCAUCAACCCUCCCUCACACCCGUCGAGUGUGUUCGUCUUCAAACACGACUACCUCACUUGGCCAGAUUUGUAUGAUCCUACAGAACUAAAAUAUUUUACCAUCGAACCUUCCUACGAGGACAAACAUGCGAUCGCUAUAUACCCGUAUCCUCGGUGCGUUCAAGUGUCCUCUUGCGUAUGUCUAGUCGCGGCCGCUGCUACCCCCACACCGCGCGGGGUGUGGCGGGGAGUGCUGGCGGUCGCGUCGCCAGUACCUCUCAUUAAAGUCGUCAAGAGCUCAUUCGGGUCAAGCCUAGGCAAGACAUGA